CUAAUUAGUGACUAUGAAUAAAGGUAGAGGGUUUAUCUGAACAUAAUAAGUGAAAACCAUUAACCGCCAAUGGGACUGGUGUUAAUAUUCUGUAGCAGGACGUUUCGACAGUGGUUUUGAGUGGAGUAAUAUGUGUGUGACAUGUGCGUAAUGUGCGCGCGCCUCCCUGUUGUUCCAUAGCCGGUGGAGCUGUUGUUCUCAGAGUUAGAGAAGGAACAACCACACGGACACUGGGGAUAGAGCAACAAAGGAGAACGUAUGAGCCGAACGAGAAGUCUUAGGCAUUGUCUUUAAAGUCUUUUGUGUUGGGAAUCAUUCAGUCUUCGCAGUAUAUAUAUUUUUUGAGGCAGAGUAGUUACAGCUAUGGAUUUACCUGUGACUAGACAAGCAACACUGUCUAGUCGUCAUCCGAAAUAUUGAUUGUCAUCAUUACCCUCGACCCAGAAGAAGACAGCGCUCACAAAUCCGGUGAACUUUUGAAAAUGCAUUUGAUUUGGAGAUAGGUAGCCACAUGCUACACCUAAGGCGACAACAACCACAACUACAUCGGCCGACUUUGGUUUUGCUGCACCCACCGACUUCGCACAUGGGAUCAUCAUUGAUACCACCACCACCAACCGACUGCAUGACUGUUGCCCUGAAGACUUACCCUGGGUGACCCAACCAGGCUUCCUGGGCCACAGAGACGUGAUUCUGGGACGGGCACAGUCCCUCCCCUCAGCCUGCCUGCCCUGCGUCCCCCCCUGUCUCCCAGACGUCUCCUCUUGAGAGAAUGACCAUCGGCCCAGACCAGCUCUACCGCCACCAUACCACUGUGUGAAUGACUCUUUGCCGUAAAGCCACCGUGCUCUGCCACCCCGUUGUUGCCAUGAAGAGCAAGUAUUCCCAGUACUACAACCGGACCCUGAUCCAUGCCUACUAUGUGUUUGCCAAGGACAUGACCUCGGAGGAGCUGGAGGAGCGCACCAACGGGAAGGCGCAGCUCAGCUCCCUCAACAUCGUCUUCGUCAUCAUCUGCAGCAUCAUCAUUCUGGAGAACUUGCUGGUGCUCAUUGCCGUGUUCCGCAACAAGAAGUUCCACUCCGCCAUGUUCUUCUUCAUCGGGAACCUAGCCUUCUCCGACCUGCUGGCCGGCUCUGCCUACAUCGCCAACAUCUUCCUAUCAGGGCCAAGGACCUUUGAGUUGGUGCCAGUACAGUGGUUCAUCAGGGAGGGCACAGCCUUUAUAGCGCUGGCCGCCUCCGUCUUCAGCCUGCUGGCCAUCGCCAUCGAGCGCUACAUCGCCAUCACCAAGGUCAGGGUGUACGGCUCCAACAGGACGUGUCGUAUGUUCCUGCUGAUCGGGACGUGCUGGGUCACCUCUAUCCUCCUGGGGGGCCUGCCCAUCAUCGGCUGGAACUGCAUCAACAACCUGCCUGAGUGCUCGGUCUUGCUGCCCCUCUAUUCCAAGAAGUACAUCCUGUUCGUGGUCACCAUCUUCAGCAUCAUCCUGCUCUCUAUCGGCAUCCUUUACGUGCGCAUCUAUCUGAUCGUGCGCUCCAGCCACCAGGAGGCCACCAACUCUCCGGCUUACGCCCUGCUGAAGACGGUCACCAUCGUGCUGGGCGUCUUCAUCGUGUGCUGGCUGCCCGCCUUCACCGUCCUCCUCCUGGACACCUCUUGCCGCAGGCUGGACUGCCCCGUCCUCUCCAAGGCAGACAUCUUCUUCGGCAUCGCCACGCUCAACUCGGCACUCAACCCGCUGAUCUACACGCUACGCAGCAAGGAUAUGAGAAAAGAGUUCCUGCGCGUGCUGUGCUGCUGGGGGCUGCUGACCAGCGGGCGCCCCACUGACCGAUGCCUGGUGCCCCUCAAGAGCUCCAGCUCUAUGGAGCACUGUACCAACAAACACGAACACCAGACCACGCCCAUCAUGCAGGCAGAGUGCACCACCUGUGUCUGACUCGAUGCUAUAAUCACACAGUGUGUGUUUUCUGAAUGUGAAUGUGUGUGCGUGUGUGUCUGUUCAACUGGGUGUGUGAGAGGGAUAGUGUGUGUGAUGGGGCUGUGUGCAGGUGAAGAGACUUAAAGAGGAAAGCACAUCUGUGAACCCCCCAUCCCCACUUCAGACCUGCCACACAGAAGACCGUCUGUCUGUUUGUCUGGAGAGAUGUCACAACAUCGUUGACUCUCAUUACAAUCAUACCUGUGUGAAUUCACAAUCAGCAUUCAACCGAUUCACCACAAGAGCGUGAUAACACAAUCAUCCUUGAGUGAAUUCACUAUUCAAUGAAUUCACAAUCGUAGCUGAUACUUUUUUUUCUUAAAAAAAAUAAUAAUGUUAAACAUUUUCUUAGAGACUUUCACAGAGUGGAGUCAAUCUUUGUUGAGGGAGUCUUGAUUAUAACGAUACUUUAACUAAUGUUCUGCAUGUCGGCUUGUUUUACAUGUAUGCAGACUCUCUUAUUGAAAGCCAAAUCCACAGACACCAUAUACAUAAUCGUGAUGCUGAGUUUUUGGUGUGUUUUACUGCGCCCUGAUAAUGGAAAGCUUUCAAAUAUUGCACUUUGUAGACAUGUAAGUGUGAUUGUUUAUGGCUGUCACCCUCUUGAAAGGUUAAACCACAGAAGUUUCCCUGAGUGAAUUAUAUAUGUAUCCAUACAUACAAUACUCAUAGGCCAUUGCUCAUAUAGAGAGACGUGAGGCACCCAGGCAGCGACUAGUCCUCACUCAGUACUGCACUCCAUGCAGGCCAAAACCCUUACAAGUACCCCUCUAAACCAGGGCUAUAUAUCUUCAUAUAUAAACAUGCAUAGAUCCCUUUGAUUAACUGCAAAAACAAAAGUACUAUGCUUACGUAUAUUGCAUGACAUUCUAACUCCUUUGUAAGAACUAAUGUGUAUUGGUGUACUCCAGUAAAUUCAGCUUAUUCAUUAACAUUCUCUCUCUCCGCCCACUUAAAUCUGUCCCUCUCGCUUCUACUGUUGUCUUUUGUGACUAACGUUUCCUAAGAGGAAGGCCCAAUCAGAAAACACAUUUCCUGAAGUGAGUUGGCACUGAUAAAUUUCACUCAAUGACAGCUACCCAGCAGCCCAUAACCAACAGGACUGUUGUCUUGACGAUGUUGUAGCAACGCAGUGGCAGAGUGUGCUUUCUGUUAUUAUUGGGCCUUGCUCCAGGGGAAUGGGCCUGAAUGUAAGUCUGAAGUGUUUGGAGCGAGACCGCUCUAUUUUUUUUUUACAGUAUUAUUGAUCAUUGACUUGUCAUUGAUGUGCAGAGGGUGGGAUUAAACAAGGUAGGUCAAUCUCUCUGAAGUCUUAAACAGACCACAACAAGUAACAGCAAUAUCACCACCAAGCCAGUCCAGGUAGAAUGGUUGAAAAAUAGUACAGUCCUGUUCAACACAGGAAGACAUGGGAUUAGUCCAGAGUAGACACGUCUCAUCUUCCCCAAUCCCAAUAAUCCCCCUCCAUUGACGAGAGAAGAUCCAGUUUCAAGGGGAGCGGGGGUCUCCAUUCCCUUCUCAAGAGAGGUCGCCCUCUUUAUUCUCUUAAGACACCUAAAUAAACUCUACUUCCUCUAACGACAGGGAAGUCCUGUGUUUCAUAAAGCGGUUCCUGUUGUUCAGGAAGAACCUCAUCUGCCUUUGGUCCAGACACACUCACUCUCACUUGGCCACGCUUCUGGUCCUCAUAUUUCCAUGCAGGUUUUUACAGCCUGCUAGUUAGACAGCGAGCCCUAGCCUGGAAUCCAAACUGAUAUGCUCUGUUACAAUUGUUUCACUUCACCAUAAACUGAAACUAGAAAUGUAGAUUCCAGGCUAGGCCAGACCAGUAGGAAUAGUGAAAGCGCUAUGGCAGCUUCCAUAUUGCCUGACUGCCUGCUCUCUCCCGGGUUUCUUAAGACAACGCAAACAUACCAGUCACUUCAUUCAUAUGUUGCCUAACCCUGUAUGAUUUGUAUAAAUAUAUGAAUAACUAUGUAUGUAAGUAUGUACAGUAUGUAUGUAUGUAUGUAUGAACUGUGUUCAUGUAUGGAAUGUCUUGUGUGUCCAGUAGCACUAUGCCUAUGUCAGAACGGUACAUAUUAAACACUAAUAGUGGUACAUAAUUUGUUUUUCUUAAAUGCAUUCCUUUUUAUAAAAUAAAUGAAAUAUCAAAAGAA